AUGGCCCGACUACCCCACGAUUUUUGGCUGGACGCCUGGAAGUAUCUCCUCCAAUCGCCAGCAUGCACAAUAGCCGAUUUGGCCAAAACACGAGUAUUCCCCGCGGCACGCCAGCUCUUCCAACUAGAAGGCCUUGGUUUUGAAGGAACCGACAACCCGGAUGUUGUUAAAAUUUCAAUUAAUCAUGGACCCGGGAUGCCAAUUCAUCGAAAUAAGCUGCCCCAAGUUCUUAACGUGCUACGCGAUUAUCUUCCUCAAACAGAAACUGUGUUUUUUAGAAAUUGGAAAGAGAAUAUAAGAUGGCGUGAAGUCCGUACUUGGAUCACAAUGAUGCCCCGCCUCUUUGAUAUCACCCUCGACCACUCCGAGCUAACGGACGAUAUUAUGGAUGUAGCAUCGAGUAGCAGCGCCACCCAGCUCGGUUUUGCCUAUUGUACAGCUACCAACGACUUCAAAGGAACGGAAUACUUCAAACCCCUACGUAUCGACAUCCAAGAAUGCUCCCCCGAAACAAUGAUCCGAAUCUUUGACCGAAAUCUAAAUCACGGAUCUGAAUUGAUGGACAUCAUCGUCAGCUAUACCCAAAAACCCACCACAGCCGCCGAAUUCCUCGAAUCUAUGGACCCGGAAGUUAGCAAUAAGAAGAGAACCACCUGGUCGCGACUGUUCAGCCGUAUAGGUCGAGAAUCUCAAAUCACGGCCGUGAUCCAACUCCAGCAAUCUGUUGAGCAACACCUGAUGGUGGCUGAGGUCAUGGUUCAAUGUGGGAUCCUUACAACUCGACAGUACUUUAAAAUCAUUAAUAAAAUGUUACACGAUGGUGAAUUGUGGUGUUCGGCUUCGUAUGAGCGGUUUAACGGGCGGGUUCGGGCUUUGAUGCUUCAGAAUGUCGGCCGUGCGAUGAGGUACCGCGAGCAAGUUGCCCAACUUUUACCUUACACCGAUUUGUGGCGCGACAAGUUGGUCGUCCCGGCACCUGUUGGCGAAAGUCAGCCGAGCGCGUUGGAAAGUGAGGAUGAAGCGGAAGUCCCACGACCUUCUAAACCUGCAGUCAGCGCCAGUAUG